GAGAUAAUCCUUUCUAUUCCCAGCCCUAAUAAUCUCUUUUGGUUCUCCCCUCAGCCUCAGCCUCAGCCUCAGCCUCAGCCGUCUCAUCACCGUGAUUCACAUCACAAGCCGCAGCCGCUUGCCGUCCCGACGCGCCUGGCUUGCCAAGAGUAGCAGAGACGAUCAGAGGUCGAGCUGAGCCCUCUCACACUUAGCUCAAUUGCACCGCUAAGAUUUUGUUUCUUGUUUCUUGUGGAAGUUGCUGGAUUAUAAUAAGUCGGUGUUCAGAGCCUCACCGCCUUCGACUUUUGAGAGCCUGAAACCCUACUUAUCUCCUCUUUGUCUCUCUCUCCCUAUCAAUCUCUCUGCUUCCUCAGGAACGAGAUUCAAAAGGUAGCUGUUAUCUGAACGUUAUGAUUCUCAAUGGAAGCGUGGCCUCUGGUACCAUGGCUAUGAAACUUGGCCCUUGCAAUGUGAAACAAAGGAGUUUCUUAGCUCACUCCCGUCUCGGAAAUACUCCUUCCUAUGUCUCUAUUGGUUUUGGUGGAUUUCCAAAACUUAAAGGCUUGUCCUUAGCUCAUCAAGAAAGAAAUGUGUUGCCCUUGAGAGGGGGAUCCACCCAAGACUUUGUGGGACCAUCUAUAUUCCCAAUUGAAGGAGAUUUUGCCAGCUUACAAAAUAAGAAGCCUUGGUCGCCCUGGAGCUGCAAAGUUAAGAGUUCAUUUGUCUGUAAAGCAUCGAAGAGUUUGAUCUAUCCUCAGAUGGAGGCUAAGCCACAGUGGUGGUGGAGGAGUCUAGCAUGUGUUCCCUAUCUACUUCCUAUCAGCGACACAUUGGUGCAAGCAGCACUUGCCUUUCAGCUGACAAACUUCUUGGAAGAAGUUGAUUUUCUGACAUUUCCCUUGAUCAGCACUUUCACACUGUUGCCUGGUUGGGCUUUGAUAGCAAUGUCUACGGUGGGGUAUAUCUGCAUUGUAAGGAGGAAAGAAUGGCCACAUUUCUUGAGGUUUCAUGUAGUGAUGGCGAUGUUGCUCAGUUCAGCUGUUCAGGUUGUUGGUAUUGCAAGCCACUGGCUCCCCCGUUCAGUGUACAAUGGCGGGAUUCAGAGAUAUUUUUGGUCGACUGUUGUGUAUUUGCAGCUGCUUGUGUUGUUGGAAUGCAUAAGGUGUGCACUUGGAGGCGUCUAUGCAGAUGUCCCUUUUGUGAAGGACGCAGCACGCAUCCAUACAGAGGCAUGAUUAGAUCAUUAAAAAACUACCUGGGGCUCUUUUGUGUUUCCUUUUACCUCCCUAUUAUACCACCAUUUUUUUUUUUUAUUAAAUUUUUAGUAUUUUAUAUAAUUAGUACUGCUAUUACAGCUGUGAUGUAAAUAUAUACAGACUGGCCUUCAUACUUAUGGCAUCAUAUCAGUGUUUGUUUAUGA